AUGACGUCUGUGAAGCCGCGUGCAGACGGACUGACAGCCUCGCAGCGCCUCGUCCGCUUCGUCGCCACAGACGGCCAGGUAUACUACGGCGACGCCGUCCUACCCGCCGGCGAGACGGACAUCUCCAAGGCCAGGACGGCCCGCAUCAUCGACGGCGACGUCCUGGGCCGCCACCACGUGACCGAUCAGGUCGCCACCAUCAGGCACCUGCUCUCGCCGCUGUCCCCCUCGCAGACGGGUACGCUGCGCUGCCUGGGUCUCAACUACGCCCUCCACGCCAAGGAGACGGGCCUCCCGGAGCCCGGGUACCCGGUCCUGUUCUACAAGCCCGUGACGUCCACGGCCGGGCCGUCGGAUCCCAUCCCGGUACCCCUCGUGGCCCAGGAGUCGGCCGGGCUCGACUACGAGUGCGAGCUCGUCGUCGUCGUCGGCCGUCGCUGCACCGGGGUCUCCGAGACAGACGCCCUCGACUACGUCCUCGGGUACUCCGUCGGCGACGACGUCUCCCACCGCGACUGGCAGAUCAACAGGGGCGGGGGCCAGUGGUCCCUGGGCAAGGGUUUCGACGGCUGGGCUCCCUACGGCCCGGGAAUCGUCAGCGCCAAGACCAUCAAGGAUCCUCAGGGUCUGCGCAUCUGGACGAAGCUCAACGGACAGACUGUACAGAAUAGCAGCACGUCCGAUAUGAUCUUCAAUGUCCGCAAGAUCAUCUCUUUCCUCAGUCAGGGUGUCACACUGUUGCCCGGUGACCUCAUCUUUACUGGAACACCGUCCGGCGUGGGCAUGGGCCGGAAGCCUCAGCUGUGGCUCAAGGACGGAGAUGUCGUCGAGGUCGGACUCGAGGGUGUCGGCACC